AUGUAUCGCACACCGCUGCACAGCCUCAUUCCAAUCAGCGUGGUGGCUGAUUCCUACAAGGCGAGUCACUUUACGAUGUAUCCUGACUCGAAGAAGGCGGUGGGCUACGGCGAGUUCAGGAAGCCCUACGGGGGCGACAAGACCGACAACCGGUUCGUCUACUAUGGCAUACGGUACCUCGUCGAGAACUUCCUGUGUAGACAGUGGACCAAGGAGGACGUGGAGAAGGCCGACCUCUUCUACAGCACCCACAACGCCGGCCACACUGCCUUCCCCUUCCCCAAGCAUCUAUUCCUCAAAUUCGUGGAGGAGAACAACGGCUACUUCCCCGUGAAGCUGCAGGCCCUGCCCGAGGGCACCUGCGCCCACAUCCACGUCCCCGUCUACCAGAUUACUGCUGAAAAGGAGUACACCCUGCUUCUCACCUACUUCGAGACCCUCCUCACCCAAGUGUGGUACCCGACGACGGUGGCCACGCUGAGCCGUAGGGCAAAGGACACGAUCGAGGCAGCGUUCGAGAAGAGCGUGGACGAAGAGAACCAUAAGCUGGCCAACUUCAAGCUGCACGACUUUGGCUUCCGCGGCUGCACGUGCCUCGAGCAGUCGGUGCUGGGCGGGUGCGCGCACCUCCUCAACUUUGGCGGCACGGACACGAUGAGCGCGGCCUACUACGCCCAGUUCGAGCUCAACCACGGCAAGCCCGUGGGCGAGAGCAUCCCGGCCACCGAGCACUCGGUGAUGACGUCGUGGCGCACCGAGCGCGAGGCCAUCGAGAACAUGAUCGAGCACCACGGCAAGGGCGUCUUCUCGUGCGUGCUCGACUCGUACGACUACGCCAACUGCCUCUACAACAUCCUCCCGCAGAUCAGGGAGAAGAAGGAGAAGGCCGGCGGUCACAUGGUGCUCCGCCCCGACUCGGGCGACCCCGUCGAUGCCGUUCUCAUGGGCCUCGACGCCGGCGAGAAGGCCUUCGGCGCCGACGUCAACAAGAAGGGCUACAAGGUGCUGCGCGGCGUGUCGGUCAUCCAGGGCGACGGCAUCAACUCGGCCACGCUCGUCAAGAUCCUCGAGGCCGCGCUGGCCAAGGGCUACUCGGCCCAGAGCUGCACCUUUGGCAUGGGCGGCGGCCUCCUGCAGAAGGUCGACCGCGACACCAUGUCCUUCGCCACCAAGCUCUCCUACAUCGAGUACGCCGACGGCCGCACGCGCGAGGUCAUGAAGUACCCCAAGACCGACGCCGAGAAGAUCUCGCUCCCCGGCACGCUCAAGGUCAUCCGCAACGAGCAGGGCGUGCCCGUCAUCUACCCGGCCGAGGCCGACGUCGCGGGCGAGGACCUCCUGCGCGUCGUCUACGACCACGGACCCGUCGAGGGCGCCUUCCCCGAGGACUUUGACACCCUCAAGGCCCGCGUGCAGAGCGAGUGGACGGCCCUGCCCCGCGUUUUCGACCCCAUCUCCCCGCAGCUGCGGCAGAAGAUGGACACCUGGGUCCAGACCAUGAAGGAGACCCUCGCACAGAACCUCGCCGCCUGA